GGUGGGGGCGGCGGCGGCCAGGUGAGUGGGGAGGGGCUGCUCACCUGGACUCACCUGGAGGCGGGCCUGGCCCGCACAGUUUGAAUCAGGUAUGCUCGGGCACGCAGCUCCUGUUUAAAGUCCGAGCGCUUUGAAAGCCGUAAAUUCGCUCCCCUCCCCAGCGGCAGAAAGCGGCUCGGGGUGCAGUGGAAGCCCUGAGGCAUGGCCCAGUCGGCAGAUGUGACCUUUAGCAAUGGUAGCCCGGCAGCAGGCAGUUCGGAGCGCUCAAUAUUGAGGAGAGUGAUUGGCAUAAGUGAGGACAGUUUCUGGAAAGAAGCGAAGGAGCUUUCCCGGUUGGCUGGGCCAGUGUUUUUCUCGCAUCUGAUGGUCUUUAAUAUAAGUGUUGUCAGCUCCAUAUUCUGUGGGCAUUUAGGAAAAGUUGAGUUGGAUGCUGUUUCACUUGCCACAGCUGUCAUAAAUAUAUCAGGUAUUUCGAUAGGUGUUGGGUUGUCUUCAGCAUGUGACACGCUUGUAUCUCAGACAUUUGGUAGUAAAAACUUGAAGCGAAUUGGCGUGAUUCUCCAAAGAGGGAUUCUCAUUCUCAUGAUAGCCUGCUUUCCCUGCUGGGCGCUCUUCAUUAACAUCAAGCAAAUCCUGUUGGCUUUCAAGCAAUCUCCCGAGGUGGCCAAUUUAACACAACUCUAUGUGAAGAUAUUUAUUCCUGGUCUUCCCGCAACAUUUAUUUAUGAAUUAGAGAGCAGAUACCUUCAGAAUCAGGGGAUUAUCCUGCCACAGAUUUUCACUGGUUUCGCAGCCAACAUUUUUAAUGCUGUGAUAAAUUACAUCUUGCUGUAUGUGCUAAUGCUGGGAGUGCCAGGCUCUGCUGCUGCCAAUGUUGUGUCUCAGUACUGUCAAGGCAUUCUCCUGUUUAUAUACAUUCGAUGGAAAAAGUUGUAUGUUGGGACCUGGACAGGAUGGUCCACUGACUGCCUGCAAGAGUGGGGCCGUUUUAUACAGUUGGCAGUUCCUAGCAUGCUGAUGAUGUGUAUUGAAUGGUGGACAUAUGAAAUUGGAAUUUUCCUUGCAGGAUUAGUUAGUGAAGUAGAACUUGGAGCCCAGGCCAUUAUUUAUCAAGUUUUAUCAGCAGCAUACAUGAUCCCUCUGGGAUACAAUGUGGCUGUAGCCGUUUGUGUGGGGAAUGCUUUGGGUGCCGGAAACCCAGAGCGGGCUAAAACAUGUGCCAAAGUUGCUCUGUUGUGUGCUGCCAUUUCAUGCAGGUCUAUUUCAACAGGCUGCUGUGCAUUGGUGAUCGCUCUGAUACUGGCAGCCAUAAAGGAUGUGGUGGGUUAUAUCUUUACCACUGACAAAGAAAUUAUUCGAAUGGUUGCGCAUUUAGAUCCAUUAAUUGCUACUUACCACUUUUUUGAUGCUGUGACUUGUGUGAGUACUGGAGUGGUAAUAGGAUCUGGGAAACAAAAACUGGGAGCCAUUGUCAAUCUAAUUGUGUUCUACGCAAUUGGUUAUCCCAUUGGAAUAUCACUGAUGUUUGCAGCAAAACUUGGCAUCUUGGGCCUUUGGUCCGGAAUGUUUACAGCUGUGAUUGUGCAAGUGAUCUUUUUCCAAACUGUGAUUUUUAAAUUGAACUGGAAGAAAACAUCUGAUCAGGCUCGGGUUAAUGCCGGUGUGAAGAAUAACGUGGAUUCCUCAAACAGCCCCUCUGGUGGCCAAAUAGAAGUUAUUUUUACAGAAAAAAUUGAGGAAGUAGAGAACAACAUCGACAUAGAACAACUGAUCGAUGAGUCCAGUAUGACACCAUCUGGUAUUACAGUUGGAGAUGUUCUACCCAUGAAACAACUGAUCAUCCGCCGUGGCCUAGCCUUCCUUUCAGGACCACUCAUUCUGGCAAUUGGACUCGUGAUACACUUCACUGUCGCAGUGGAUGUGUAAACCCCAAUGAACAAAGCAGAGACAAAGCAGGGAUUAGGAUUAAACUGAACUCUGUCAUUUA